UUUAGGAUGGGAUAUAGUUUUUACAUUGUGGUACUUAUACAUGUACUCGUACCGGAAUGCAGAACAGAAAAGGGGAAUAUUACCGUAGCGGUGAUGCUGCCCGACAAUAUGAAGUAUUCGUGGGCAUCGCCGCGCGUCCUCCCCGCGAUCCGUAUGGCGCAAGAGAAAAUUCAGAAGAGCGGACUUUUAAAGGGACACACCAUCAACCUCCUUAAUUUUAGCACAGAGUCCGCUGGUUCUUGCUCGGAAAACAAGGCACAGAUUAUCGCAGUGGACACAAAACUUUACAACAAACCAGAUGCGUUCAUCGGACCUGGCUGCUCGUAUUCGGUCGCGUCCGUCGGACGGUUCGCGUCUCACUGGAAACUCCCCCUGAUAACCGCGGGAGGACAAGCAUAUGGUUUUAAUGAUUUCGAAGAGUUUAAAACUAUUGUCAGGACGGGCCCGACCACCACGAAACUCGGAGACUUUGUCAGUUAUCUGCACGCGCAUUUUAACUGGAGCUCUCGCGCGCUUAUGGUCUACCACGACCUCAAACAAGACGACCGGCCGCAUUACUUCCUCGCCGAGGGCAUUUACAUGAUUCUGCGAGAUGAAAACAUCACCGUGGAUGCUUUCCCUUACGAAGAUCCACAAACUUUAAAUUAUAAAGACAUCGUCACAUUUAUAAAGGACAACGGGAGAAUUGUUUAUAUCUCUGGGCCUCUACAGACGUUCUUCCAAAUAAUGAAGCUCUUUGAGGAUGAGGUGAAGAAUCCAGAGGACUAUGCCAUCUUUUACCUUGACGUGUUUGCAGAGAGUUUAAGUGGCGAUGUUCCAAUGCCCUGGCAGGGUUCAACAAUACAGUGGAAUGACCCCAUCAAGCUAUUUCAGUCUGUGUUCAUUGUAACGUACCGGGAGCCAGACAGCCCUGAGUAUACCGCUUUUCGCAAAGAACUCCACAAGAGAGCAAUGCAGGACUUUAAUAUAAAAUUGGAACCCUCAAUGAUGGAUUUUAUUGCCGGCUGUUUCCAUGAUGGUUUUGUGCUAUAUGCAAAAGCCCUCAGUGAAGCGUUAGCAGACGGCGUGUCUCAGAACGAUGGAAUCAACAUAACUGCGAGAAUGCGAAACCGCAGGAUCUGGGGGGUGACUGGCCUUGUAAGCACAGAUCGGAUUAAUGCCAGAUACACAGACUUCAGACUUUGGGGAAUGACUAACCUAAAAACUGGGCAAUACGCAACUGUUGGUCACUACAAUGGGACCAGUAAAGAAGUCUUGUGGUCCCCAACAGAGAGGAUUCAGUGGCCAAAGGGUUCCCCACCUCUGGACUACCCACCGUGUGGAUUCUCACCAUGCAAGGAAGAUCAUCUUCCUGUCCUUGGAAUAGUGGCAGUUGGGUCUGGACUGGCCCUCAUCAUUUUCGGAAUCUCCAGUUUUCUUAUCUACAGGAAACUGAAGUUGGAGAAGGAGUUAGCUGGGAUGCUUUGGAGGAUACGGUGGGAGGAACUGAAGUUUGAAAGUCCCAACAAAUAUCACAAACGUGCGGGCAGCCGUCUCACUCUUUCACAGAGAGGUUCCAGCUAUGGCUCCUUGAUAACAGCUCAUGGAAAAUAUCAGCUAUUUGCAAAAACAGGCUAUUUUAAGUGUAAGCUGAAAAGGACACUAAGGCAUCAAAUGUCCACUGAGCCAACUGAAUAUUUCUGCUGUCACCGUGGCCAGGACAAAGCGAAUGUUCUUUCAUAUAUCAGGAGACUUAGAGGAAACCUGGUGGCUAUCAAACAUGUGAACAAGAAGAGGAUUGAGCUCACCAGACAAGUGCUGUUUGAACUAAAGCAUAUGAGAGAUGUGCAGUUCAACCAUUUGACGCGGUUUAUUGGCGCUUGUAUCGAUCCACCAAAUAUCUGCAUUGUGACAGAGUAUUGCCCCAGAGGCAGUCUACAGGACAUCCUUGAAAAUGAGAGCAUCAACCUGGACUGGAUGUUCCGAUACUCAUUGAUCAAUGACAUUGUGAAGGGAAUGAAUUAUCUGCACAACAGUUACAUUGGCUCCCAUGGCAAUCUGAAAUCAUCUAAUUGUGUGGUGGAUAGCCGCUUCGUUUUGAAAAUCACAGAUUAUGGUCUGGCAAGCUUCCGUUCUUCUUGUGAAAAUGAAGACUCACCACAUGCACUGUAUGCAAAAAAGCUAUGGACGGCUCCAGAGUUGCUAAUAUAUGAUAGGCAUCCACCCCAAGGAACCCAGAAAGGAGAUGUGUACAGUUUUGGGAUCAUACUACAGGAGAUAGCGCUAAGGAACGGCCCAUUUUAUGUUGAAGGCAUGGAUCUCAGUCCCAAAGAGAUAAUCCAAAAGGUGCGGAAUGGCCAAAAGCCGUACUUCAGGCCUACCACAGAUAACAGCCUUCACUGUGAGGAGCUGACCAUCUUAAUGGAAGGCUGUUGGGCUGAAGACCCUGCAGAACGGGCUGACUUCAGCCACAUCAAGAUCUUCAUUGCAAAAUUUAACAAAGAAGGCAGCACCAGUAUUCUCAAUAACCUACUGUCCAGAAUGGAACAGUAUGCCAAUAACCUGGAGAACUUGGUAGAGGAGCGAACCCAGGCCUACCUCGAAGAGAAACGGAAAGCCGAAAAUCUUCUUUACCAAAUCCUUCCACAUUCAGUGGCGGAGCAGCUCAAGCGAGGGGAGACCGUACAAGCAGAAGCCUUUGACAGUGUCACAAUCUAUUUCAGCGACAUAGUGGGCUUUACAUCAAUGUCUGCUGAGAGUACACCUUUACAGGUGGUGACAUUACUGAAUGAUCUCUACACAUGCUUCGAUGCCAUUAUUGAUAAUUUUGAUGUAUAUAAGGUGGAGACAAUCGGUGAUGCAUACAUGGUGGUGUCAGGUCUGCCUGUGCGGAAUGGGAAGCUACAUGCACGUGAGAUAGCUGGCAUGUCAUUGGCUUUACUGGAAGAGGUUAAAACCUUCAAAAUCAAACACAGACCCAACGAUCAGCUACGACUGCGGAUAGGAAUCCACACAGGGCCUGUCUGUGCUGGUGUAGUGGGUCUUAAGAUGCCCCGGUACUGUUUAUUUGGAGAUACUGUCAACACAGCAUCCCGAAUGGAGUCUACAGGGGAAGCUCUGAGGAUACAUAUGUCCUCAGCCACCAAAGAGGUGCUGGACGAGUUUGGCUACUUUGAACUCCAGCUGCGAGGAGACGUGGAGAUGAAGGGUAAAGGCAAAAUGAGAACGUAUUGGCUUCUGGGAGAGAAGACAGAAGUCUAUGUUAUCUGAGAUCACUGUUGAUGACAGGAAGUCACCAGGAUCAGAGCCACUGCUUCUUAAAUUUGUUCCGUGUCUCGCUCUUGCAUAGAACAGCACAUUAUAAUACCUUUUGAGGGAGGUCAAUUCAGGUAUAUUUCAUACCUGCUUAAAAACUGCAAAAAUUGUAUAGUUGUGUUUUUUU